UAAACGUACAUUAUUUUCAAAUAUUUUUCAAAAAUCAAAAACAGCAUCCACCAGCAACGAACAAUUCAGAAGAUCUCGAACGGGCGCUAAGUGCACACACGAAACGAGUUAUACAAAAUUUAAAAUCCUAAAGUGGACCUAGUGUUAAAUUAUAAAAAGAAAAUUAUUUUCUAAAUUUUAAAAGAAUUCUUUAUCAAUUUGAAAUUAUUUUAAACUAAAUCGAACGAAAAUGGUUUACGAAAGUGGAUUUACUACCCGCAGAACCUACUCUUCCAGGCCAGUCGUUACCUCGUACGCAGUUUCGUACCCUGUAGUAACCAAGGUUUCUCGCGUGUACAAAUCGAGUUAUCCGAUAUACUCGACAUCAAGCUAUACUCGUGGAACCCGUGUGAUUUCAUCGCCAGUUCGAGUUGUGACUUCCCCAGCUCGUGUAUUUACACGUGUAAUUCGUUCGCCAUCACCAGUUCGUGUGAGUCGUACGACAACUACCCGUGUUAUUACAUCGCCAGAGCGUAUAUCUUCAUACACUUACACUACACCAACGACAUAUUCUUCGUCCUAUAUCCCAUCGACCACUUAUUAUUCGUCUUAUACCCCAUAUGUUUCGUCUUAUACACCGAGAUACAUUUCGUCUUAUACACCAUCGACCUAUAUCUACUCAUCACCAUCCUAUUUGUACUCGUCGCCAGUGACUCGUGUCUACUCACGCUCCUUGACUCCCGUGAGAGUAACAACUUCUCCAGUACGUGUAACUCCCUCAUAUUUGAAGAGAACUCUGCCCGGUUAUGGUGCCCGCGCACUAACUAAUUACCUCAGCACUGAACCCUUCACUACGUUCCGCGAGGAAACCGGCAGAAUACGUAAUAGAGCUCAAUCGCUUAUUCGUGACUUGCACACACCUGUAGUACGUCGUGCACGCAGCAUGACACCAUUCCCAGUGACUGGUUAUGAACCCACUACUGAUGUAGCUUUCGAUGCUUAUGUUUCCCGCAUCACUAAUCCUGUGCGCCACAUUGCCAAGGAAGUGCACAGAAUGUCGAUGUAUCCAGAACCCGCUCACAAAUAUGUUGGCAAAAGUCAUCUCGCUUCGGUAAGGAUUUGUGGCGAUAAGGCUUACAAUGUUAGAAGACCUCUGUAUGAUACCGAUAGAGUACGCACUGAUAUUAAUCUUUUGUCAUGGUACUUGAGACACCCCACAGUCAAGAAAGAGAAAAUGAUCAAAGAACAAGUGGAGAGUGUCGAUACAGACCCCGAAUUGGAUCCUCAUCGCCCAAGUAGGAAAUUCUCUGCUCCCAGACCAUUGGAAGAUCCAAUUGAUGAUGAAACUAAGGAAAAACAACGUUUGCGCCAGGAACGUCUCAUGACAGUUAAUGAGGAGGAACUGGAUCUCGUAGAAUUGGAGAAGAAGAAGGCACAACGUGCUGACGAAGCUAAACGUCGUGAGCAAAAAGCUUUGGAAGAUGAAGUUAAACGCAAAGCCGAAGAAGCUGCUGAACGCAAAGCUAAAGAAGAGGCUGCCAGAAAAGCUGAAGAAGCUGCACGUAUAGAGGAAGAAGAACGUAAACGCAAAGAAGAUGAGGAAGAAAUGAAACGUUUGGCUGAAAUCGAAAAACAAGCUGAGGAAGCUGUCAAAGCAGCACAAGAAGCUGAAAAAAAAGCUCUUGAAGAGGAAGCAAAACGUAAGGCUGCCGAAGAGGAGAAAAAACGUCUAGAAGAGGAGGCUAAAUUAGCAGAAGAGGCUAGACUAGCUGAAGAAGCUAGAUUAGCUGAAGAGGCUAGAUUAGCUGAAGAGGCUAGAUUAGCCGAAGAAGCUAGACUUGCUGAAGAGGCCAAAAAAGCUGAGGAGGCUAAACAAGCUGAAGAAGCUGCCCGUAAGGCUGAAGAAGUUGCUCGUCUCGCCGAAGAGCAACGCAUUCGUGAAGAAGAAAUUAACAGAUUGGCUGAAAUUGAAAAACUAGCCGAAGAAGAACGGGAAGGUGAAUUGGCCCGUCAAGCAGCUGAAUUAGCAGAAAUUGCUAGACAAGAAGCUGAAAUUGCUGCUCAAGAACUACAAACUAUUCAACAAACUCAACAAGCAGAAACAACUGCCACAACUGCCGAAGAACCAAUUGUAGAAGAACCUGCCACUCCAGAAGUACAACAAGAGCCAACCAUUGACUUGAAUAUAAGCGGUGGUGAUGCUGACGUUGUCGAUGCCACUACCGAAGAGGAAACGGAAGAGGAAUAACUUCGGAAAGCUGAUCAUUUUCACAUCUCUCGUCUAACUUAUUCAACAUACAUACACAUACAAAUGUAUUAAACAAAUCGACAUAUUACAUAUAAAAAAAUACGAGCUUUAACAACUGAACCCAUUCGAUUGAGUUCAGUUUGUCUUAUUUGCUGAAUAUUUAUUACAUACAAUUCUUUAUUUACUAUUUAUUCAUACAACUACAACUUUCGUUUAAUCAUAAAAACCAAAAUACACUUAUUCUAAAUUUAUUACUUAA